AUGGCUUCCUUCAACGGCUUCAAGGCUUUUAUCUCUCUUGCUCUUUCACUUAUAUUCUUCGUGCAAGCCACUAUAGGAGGAAUAACAUGCGAGAACCUGGACAGCAGCACCUGUGCAUUUGCUAUCUCAUCAACAGGCAAACGUUGUGUCUUAGAAAACAGACUGCGAAGGGGAGGGAAGAUUGAACUCUCAUGUCGAACAUCAAGCGUUGAGGCUGAGAAGCUUGCGAACCUGGUUGAGACUGAUGAAUGUAUCCAAGCUUGCGGGCUUAGCAGGAGCACGGUCGGUAUCUCUUCAGACUCUCUGUUGGAGACAAAAUUCACUCAGAAACUUUGCUCCCCUCAAUGCUACAAUGUUUGUACUAACAUCGUUGAUCUCUACUUCAAUCUCGCUGCUGGUGAAGGUGUAUUUCUACCCAAGUUAUGUGAAGAACAGGUGACAGUCGUUUCUCGUAGAGUUGACAUGGAGGUGGGCAGUUCAGGACUAGCACCGGUGGCAGGGCCGAUCUCAGGGCCGGAGGCUUGUGCGCCUUUUAAGUCAAUUGAGAGCACUGCUGAUGUCCCUGCAAUGCCACCAAUGUAG